AUGGACCAAUACCUCACCUAUCUCCCCCAGUCCGACGGCUUCCUGCCCAAAUGGCUUUUCUUUGUUUCGGUCAUCUCCGCUCUUAACAGCCUGCAAGCCUACACUGCACCGGAAUAUACCUCCCUACUCUACAGUAAUGGCAAGGUCCCCGCAACUCCGCUCUCCGGCCGCGUCUUCGGAACCUGGACCUUCCUCUCUGCAGUCAUUCGCAUGACCGCUGCUUACAACAUUACAAACCCUGUCGCGUACGACCUUGGCAUGUGGACGUACGGUAUUGCGCUGUCGCACUUUAUUGGCGAGCUCAUCUUCGGCAAUGCCUCGCUCAAGGGUCGGUUCUUGAACCCUUUGAUUGUUGCGUCGGGUUCGCUGGCUUGGAUGUUCACCCAGCGCGAGGCAUACCUGAGUUAA